AGUACACUCUGCAAUGUCUGCCAGUCCUGUUUCUGAAAGAUCAACCUCAGCAAAACAUAAAACUUCUUACUUUGGAAAACCAGUAACAAGGAAAUGUGUCAGUGAAGAACCAGGAAGACAAAACUGCGUAAAGUCUGCUCCGGGAAGAACAACUUCUGAAAAAUGUGGAACUCCUGUUUCAUUAAGAGUAGCCACAGUCACGAUGCCAGGAAGACAAGUUGUGCAAGUAGUUGCUACUGUGACGGGAAGAGAAUUUAUAAAAACACACGAAACAGACAGACCAGCAGAUGCCAAGCCUGACACUCAUGUGACGAAAAGAUCAGCUUCUGUAAGACAUGUCACUCCUAUGGGCAAAAGAUCAGCUUCUGUCAAGCCUGAUACUCCUGUGACUGGAAGAUCAGUCUCGGUCAGGUCUGAUACUCCUAUGACUGAACGAAAAGCUUCUGGCAAGUCUGACACUCUAGUGACUACAACGACAGCUUCUAUAAAGCCUAACUCUCCUUUGACUGAAAGAACAGCCUCCGCCAAGCCUGCUACACCUGCCACUGGACGAACAGCCUCUAAAACUCCUGUAACUAGGACAGCCUCUGCAAAGACUAACACUACUUUGACUAGAAAGACAAUCUCUGCCACUCAUGUGACUGAGAGAACAGUCUCCGCGAAGCAUGACACUUCUGUCGCUGGAGUUACUUAUGUUGCCACAAGAACAACCUCUGCCAAACCUGUCACUCCCUGCACUGAAAGAACAGCCUCUGCCAUGUCUAACAUGUUUGUGAUAAGGAGAGCCUCUGGAAAGCCUAACAGUCCCGUGACUGGAAGGACAGCCUCUACCAAGCCUGCCACUCCUUUCAUUGAGAGACCAGCCUCUGCCAGGUCAAACUCUCUUGUAUCAAGGACGGCCUCUGGGAAGCCUAACACUCUUUUGACUGGAAGGACAGCCUCUACCAAGCCUACCACUCCUUUCAUUGAGAGGCCAGCCUCUGCCAGGUCAAACACUCUUGUGACAAGGACGGCCUGUGAAAAGUCUAACACUUCAUUGACUGGAAGGACAGCCUCUACCAAGCCUGCCACUCCUUUCAUUGAGAGACCAGCCUCUGCCAGGUCAAACACUCUUGUAUCAAGGACGGCCUCUUGGAAGCCCAACACUCCUUUGACUGGAAGGACAGUCUCUACCAAGCCUGCUUCACCUGUCACUGGACGAACAGCCUCUGCCAAGUCUAACACUCCUGUGACUAUGACAGCCUUUGAAAUGGCUAACACUCCUUUUUCUGGAAAAACAGCCUCUGUCAAGCUUGCAACUCCUGUCUCUGAGAAACCAGCCUCUACAAAGCCUGCAACUUCUGGGACCAAGCAGGGAGCAUCUAUGAAACCUUCCUCUCCUGUAACUGACAGAUUAGCUUUAUCAAAGCCUGACACUUCUUUGACGGGAAGAAAAUUCGUUACAAAACUAACUCCUGGACGCGUUCCCACUGCUAAACACUCAAUACCAGCGCCCACACCACCCAGGCCACGCAGUGGAUCUACCAAAAACCAAAUCAGCACGGUCUCGGAAAGGGUCGAUGUUGUCUGAUUCCAUUAAUGAUGCCGCUUCAGUUAGAUCUCGAGUGUAGUCUGCUACUCCUGUGGGCCACAUGACCGUUAGUGCCAAUGUUUCAGUAUCGUCUAUCAGCAACGCCUCGGAUAAGACCAUCCGCACUGUCGAUGACGAUUUUGAGUGCGAAACUACCCCAAGCCGAAAUCCUUUGUCCGCAUCUGAUAAUAAUGUUACAAAAUAUGUGUUUGAUUGAAUAAAAACUUUGAAAAUGUA